AUGGCAAUUAUGAGUGACGAGAGCGCGCUCUCAACUGUCCUAGCCAAUAUAAAACAGCUCACCAGUCCAGCCAUGAUUUUUUCUGUACACCAAAUAAGUCUCGCUGCUCAUCUGGGCGAUAAAGUCCUCUCGGGUCAGCCCACACCGCAUGGAGAAGUUGCACAGAUAGAGGGGCGUGUGAUUGGACUUUAUUCCCAAAUGAGUGAUCGAGACGCGGGCCUUCCAAUCACCGCUGCUCUAAUCUGUGGAAUUUCUCUUUGCAGGAUGUGGCGCUUCACGGCGACGUUACUGCUGCUGGCUCUGGCCUCGGCCGAACCCCAGGGAUACAAUUACCCGGAACCCGACAACCAAUAUCUUCCUCCCGCAAAGUGCAAGCUUGCCCCUGUCACCUCCGUCGUCUACAACACUCAGAUUCAGACCUCAGUUCGCCUCCAGACCGUCAAUCAAGUCAAAACUCAGUAUAGAACCACCACCAUUGUCAGGCAACAGGUGGUACCAACCACACUUUUCCAGACUCGUGUUCAAACGCAGGUCCAGUAUCAGACCAGUGUUGUUCGACAAACAACCAUUCGUGCUAUUGAUAGGUUUGUCACACAAACUGUUCCAAGCCCACCUGUUGUACAAACUCGUUUCGUCACUUCAACCCGUGUGGUGCCACAGGUCAAUUACGUCACACGUACACAGGUGCAGACACAGGUGGUUCCUGUCCAGGUAACCUCCACUCAGAUCAGGACAAUUAUCCAACCUCUUACUAAUUACCAAACACAGCAGCGCCAAGCUACCCGUGUUGUCACUGUCCCAGGCCGUGAAGUUGUACAAACUCGUGUUCAGACUGUUGUUCAGACAUCCAUUGUCAGGAGCCAACAGCCAGCUAUCACCCGUUUUGUAACAUCCACACGUGUCCAACAACUACUAAAGACAUCUAUCGUCCGUGGACAGGACGUUCUUACAACUACUGUUGCUCAGCGUCAACAAAUCAUUCCUUUCACAUCUGUCAAUACUCGUUACGAGAAUGUCGUUACUACUCGUCAACAGCUGGUCACCAGAACCAAUGUUGCUACCCAGACGCGCAUCCUCACACAGGUGGUGCCCCAAGAGGUGGUGCGUACUCAGGUGGUUCCCACCACCAUCUAUACCACUCUCUUCGAGACAAGGGUUCAGCCCUUCACACGGGUACAGACCGUUGUCAGAACCCAGUACGUCACACCGGUCCCCGUCGUACAAACCCGUCAGGAAGUCAGAACCUCUGUAGUCCAAAUACCCGGCCAAGACCGUAUCGUUAACCGGGAGGUGGUGCAGACCCAACAAAGACAGCAGCUCGUGUACCGCACAGUCAACCAACCUCGCCAACUUACCGUCACUCAGACACUUACUUCCUCUUUGAACUUUAACUCAACUGAAGUAAUACUAACCAUUCUAUUCUUCAGGAUGAGGACGUUGCUGCUCUCUCUGUUGGUCGGCUUCGCCUUCGGGGCGUCCGUCGAGAGGCCUCGCCGUCAGAUCUUCGGAGCUCGCAUCAACCUCGAAUCCUCCUAUUUGCCGCCAAAGGAAGAAGCCCAAUGCAAGCCAUCUGUCGUCUACCGCACGCAGAUCCAAUAUUCUACCGUAGUCGUCCCGUCAACCGUCUACAACACAAACGUUCAGUACAUCACUCAAACAUCCGUCCGCACACAGCAAGUCUUCACCACCUUAUACUCGCAGAUCGUCCGCACUCAGCAGGUUCCUUCAGUAAGAUACCAAACGCUCACUGUCACGACCACUCAGGAAAACCUACGCACACAGCUCGUCACUCUCCCUCCUCAGGUCAAUUACGUGACUCGUACUCAGCAGAGUGUCAGGACACAAGUGCAAUACCAGACACGGUAUGAGACUCGCGUCCAGCAGGUACCUACCACCAUCGUUAGAAACGUCGUCUCAACACAGGUGGUACCUCAGCAGGUGGUCAGCACCGUCUACAGAACACAGACGGUUAUAAGAACACAGCAGUUACCAGAUCAGACUCGCAUUGUACCAACUACUCAGUACAGCACCCGUUAUUCUACUGUAGUCAUACCUGCACAGAACGUCGUCAGAACUACCCAGCUUGUCAGGACCAACGUCGUCACCCAAACCAUCACACAACCUGGUCAGACUCGAGUCAUCACCUCUACACAGCUGGUUCCUGUCACCACCACCAUCGUCUCUCAGCUGCUUCGCACUAGCACGCAGAUUCAAUACGUAACACGUACACAAGUAGAACAGCGAGUCUCCACCGUCCUUCGUACACAGCAGGUGCCACAGUACAACACAAGAAUCGUCACCGUUCCUCAGCAGGUCGUCAGGACACAGUUCUCUACCCGAGUGGUUCCUACAACCAUUUACGCUCAGAGGACAGCGUCUUCAUACAUCAACCUUCCCGCUCAGACACGCUACGUCACAGUCACUCAAACCUCCGUCAGGACACAACAACUGCCCGAUCAGACCCGCAUUCAAUACAACACCAGAAUUGUCUACAACACCAAUUACGUGACUUCUACCGUAUACAGGGAACAGUACAACACCGUGACGGCCACCGCUACCGUCAAAGGAGACUGCGGCUACAGCUACCCAGCUCCCGCUCGCGCCUUCAACCCCUUCGCCAGCUAG